UCUAAGUUCUUUAUUCUUGGGAUUUUCCUUCUUAGAGUUUUUUAGUGGAUUAUAUUAUUUUUUAAUUCAUUGUGACGAACAACUGCAUUGUGCUCCACAUUACGAUAUUUCAUUGGUAUUUUUACGCCUUCUAAAGGCGUAAUACCUUUUAGAAGAUCAUUUGAAUAUCCUCUGAAUAGAAUGUCAGGUGGAAAUUCAGAAUUAAAAUGGAAGACGCUGUUUGACAACAUGCAGGCAAAAACUGAAGCGGCCUUGGCCAAAAAACCAAAGCCUGCUAAAGAGCCUAAAGAACCUGUAGAGACCCACAGAGACUUCAUGGACAUUGAUGGAGAUGCAGACAGCAAUAAGCGACUCUCAGUGGAGAGGAUUUACCAGAAAAAAACACAGUUGGAACAUAUCUUAUUGCGUCCUGAUACCUACAUAGGCUCAGUCGAGUCUGUCACACAGGCUAUGUGGGUGAUGGACAUAGAAAACAAUAAAAUGGUUCAAAAAGAGAUUACAUUUGUCCCUGGAUUGUACAAAAUAUUUGAUGAAAUCAUAGUGAAUGCUGCUGACAAUAAACAGAGAGAUCCCAAAAUGGACUGCAUUAAAAUAGAGAUAGAUCCAGAAACCAAUAAAAUAAAAGUAUGGAACAAUGGUAAAGGUAUCCCAGUUGUAGAACACAAAACAGAAAAAAUGUUUGUUCCCACCAUGAUCUUCGGUCAUCUUCUCACUUCAAGUAACUAUGAUGACAGUGAGAAGAAAGUCACAGGUGGUAGGAACGGCUAUGGUGCUAAAUUGUGCAAUAUAUUCAGUAAGAAAUUUAUUGUUGAGACUUCCUGCAAUGAAUAUAAAAAGGCUUUUAAACAGACUUGGGCUGACAAUAUGUCCAAGACUAAAGAGCCAACAAUCACAGAGGCCAAGGAUUCUGACUACACGUCUGUCACCUUCUACCCUGACCUUGAAAAAUUCAAAAUGGAAAAACUAGAUGAUGAUGUGGUGGCUUUGUUUACCAGACGUGCUUACGAUGUGGCAGCCAGCUCUAAAGGUGUUAAAGUCUUUCUAAAUGGAAAAAGGCUGCCGAUCAAAGGAUUUAAAGACUACAUAGAUCUUUAUCUUAAAGAAAAAACUGAUGAUGCUGGGGCUCCCCUGAAGCUGGUUUAUGAGGUGGUCAAUGACAGGUGGGAGGUAGCAGUCUCAAUGAGUGACAGAGGUUUUCAACAAGUCAGUUUUGUCAACAGUAUUGCCACAACUAAAGGUGGCAGACAUGUUGAGUACAUAGCAGAUCAGUGUGUCAGCAAACUGAUAGAAGUGGUCCGUAAGAAGAAUAAAGGUGGUGUGAACAUCAAACCCUUUCAGGUUAAAAAUCAUUUGUGGGUAUUUGUGAACUGUUUGAUAGAGAACCCAACAUUUGACUCUCAGACAAAGGAGAAUAUGACCAAACAGGCUAAAUCUUUUGGUUCCAAGUGUCAGUUAUCAGAAAAGUUCAUCACACAGGUCAGCAAAAGUGGUAUUGUUGAAAGUAUACUGUCUUGGAUGAAGUUCAAAGCUCAGGCACAGCUGAAUCAAAAGUGCCACUCUUCAAAGCACUCAAAGCUGAAGGGUAUCCCGAAGCUGGACGAUGCAAAUGACGCCGGCACAAGGAACUCGCAGUCUUGCACGCUUAUACUCACUGAGGGAGACUCAGCCAAAUCUCUGGCUGUUGCUGGCCUUGGUGUGAUUGGUCGUGAUCGUUAUGGAGUGUUCCCUCUUAGGGGUAAACUUCUCAAUGUGAGAGAAGCCACUCAUAAACAGAUUUUGGAUAAUGCUGAAAUCAACAACAUCAUCAAGAUAUUGGGAUUACAUUUUAAAGAGAAUUAUGAUGACCCAACCAAACUGAGCCAGCUCCGCUAUGGCAAACUCAUGAUCAUGACAGAUCAGGACCAGGAUGGGUCCCAUAUCAAAGGGUUGAUAAUUAACUUCAUUCAUCACUUUUGGCCAGCACUGAUCAGACAUAACUUUGUUGAGGAAUUUAUAACUCCUAUAGUGAAGGUUAGCAAAGGAAAAAAGGAGUUGUCAUUUUACAGUUUGCCAGAAUUUGAAGAGUGGAAGAAAGCAACAGACAAUUGGCAUACUUAUAAAGUCAAGUACUACAAAGGUUUGGGUACCUCCACUUCCAAGGAGGCUAAAGAUUACUUCAGUGACAUGGUCAGGCAUAGGAUCCCCUUUAAGUACGGAGGGGGGGAAGAUGACACAGCCAUCAACCUUGCUUUCAGUAAGAAGAAGAUUGAGGAGAGAAAAGAGUGGUUGACCAAUCACAUGGAAGAGAAAAAGAGGAGGCAGGAUAUGGGUUUACCUGAGUUAUAUCUUUAUGGCAAAGACACUCGUGCCAUUACAUUCAGUGAUUUCAUAAACAGGGAGUUGAUUUUGUUCUCUAACACAGAUAUUGUCAGAUCCAUUCCUUCUUUGUUGGAUGGCCUGAAACCAGGUCAGAGGAAGGUCAUGUUUACUUGCAUCAAGAGGAACCUGGUCAACAAGGAGCUCAAGGUGGCGCAGUUGGCAGGUUCAGUUGCUGAGCAGUCAGCUUACCAUCAUGGUGAAAAUGCCUUAAUGGGCACGAUCAUCAACUUGGCCCAAAACUUUGUGGGCAGUAACAACUUGAAUCUGCUUCAACCUUUGGGUCAGUUUGGCACCAGGAUCCACGGUGGUAAAGAUGCUGCCAGCCCCCGUUAUAUUUUCACAAUGCUUAGUCCUUUAGCAAGGCAUGUGUUCAACCCCAAUGACGACGCUUUACUGACUGAUUUGUAUGAUGACAACCAGAAGAUUGAGCCUGAAUGGUAUUGUCCAAUCAUUCCCAUGGUUUUGGUUAACGGUGCUGAGGGUAUUGGCACAGGGUGGUCUACCAAAAUCCCAAAUUAUGAUGUUCGAGAGAUAGUGGCCAAUAUCCAAAGAAUGUUGGAUGGAGAAGAACCAUUACCAAUGUUGCCUUCAUUUAAAGGAUUCAAAGGAGUGAUUGAAGAGACAGGUGCUGGCGAUGGUCGCUAUGCAGUCCAUGGUGAGAUCUCAGUCAUUAACGAGUCCACUGUAGAGAUCACUGAGUUGCCCAUUAGGACUUGGACCCAGAACUACAAAGAGGAUGUCCUGGAGCCGAUGCUUCAUGGAACAGAGAAGCAGCCUUCCAUGAUUACAGAUUAUAAAGAAUAUAACACAGACUCCACUGUCAAAUUUGUUGUCAAGAUGGCUCCAGAAAAACUAAUGCAAUAUGAGCAAGAAGGUCUUCAUAAAAUAUUUAAAUUGUCAACAACCAUCUCAACUAACAGUAUGGUAUUGUUUAACAGUUUAGGUUGUAUCAAGCGUUAUGAAAGGGUUGAAGAUAUAAUUAGAGAGUUCUUUGGUGUUAGAUUGACCUACUAUGAAAAGCGUAAAGACUUCCUAGAGGGCAUGCUGGCUGCUGAGUCUCUGAAGUUUGACAACAUUGCCAGGUUUAUCAUGGAGAAAAUAGAGGGCACCAUUGUUGUUGAAAACAAACCCAAGAAGGAAUUGAUUCAGUUGUUGGUGAGAAGAGGCUAUGACUCAGAUCCAGUUAAAGCUUGGAAAUUAGCACAGAACAAAGGCAAGGAACGAGAUGGAGCAGAUGACCUUUUGGACACUGAAGAGAGUGAGGAGGACACCUCUGGGCCUGACUACAAUUACAUCAUCACUAUGCCUAUAUUGAACUUGACUAAAGAGAAAAAAGAUGAACUUUGUAAACAGAGAGAUGCUAAGGCUGAUGAGUUGAGAAGUUUAAGAAGAAAGUCACCAAAAGACUUGUGGCAAGAUGAUUUAGCUGCUUUCCUGACCACACUAGAGGAAGUUGAAAAGGCUGAAAAAGAGGUUGAGGUUGAUGCUAAACCCGUGAAGCUGGGAAAGAUUGGUAAAGUGAAACCUAAAAAAGCUGUAGUGGACACUUUGCCGACACCGAAUGGCCGGAGAAUAGUUCCCAAGAUCAGUUCUGCUGUGAAAGCUAAAGGAGAGAAAGAUGCAGCAAGAAAACUUUUCAAAGAAAAGGUCAAGAAAGAAAUGACAGGAGAUGAUGACACUAACAUGGCAGAUGAUGUCAAGAAAGAAGGGGAUGAAGAGGCAACCAGCACAUCAAGUACAACUGCAGCACGGGGAGGAAAAGCAGGCAGGGGAUCUCGUGGAGGACGAGGUAGAGGUGGGGCCACAGGAGUUGCUAGAGAAAAGAAAACGUCUCUAGGCUCACCAACUAAAGGGGGCAAGAAGGCAAAGAAGAAAAACCCCUGGUCAGACAGUGAAGGCUCAGACAACAUCUCGGACAUUAGUGACCUGGAGGAUGACUCCAAGUUCAAAUCUGAUGUAGUUAUACCGAGGGAAACUUCUAGGAGGGCUGCUGCUGCACAAGUGAAAUAUAAAUUUGACUUGGAUGAUAGUGAGAUUGAAGAGGAUGACAAUGAUGAAGCAGAUGACUUUAAGCCCUACGAUGCCGAGACUGGAGUCAUUGGGGCAGAGAAUGGCACCAAUGGUUCAUUGAACGGUGAUGAUAUCAUAGCCAUGAGCAGUGAUGAAGAUAAGCUUAAGCCCAAACCUGCCACAGAGAAGCCCAAACCAGUAAAAGAAAAACCAGUGAAAGAGAAACCUGUGAAGCCUGCUAAAGAGAAGGCAGAAAAACCUAAAAAACCUGCAGCUCCUAAAAAGCCUGCUGCAGCAAAAUCAGCAGCUUCAGUAAAUGUUGACCUAUCUGAUGAUGACCAGGAAGUUAAGACUUCUUCCAGCACAGCAGCAUUAAGCAAUAAAGAGUUGUACCCUAUAAGUGAUGAUGAUGACGAUGAUGAUGACUUGUUCAAACCUAAAGCCAAAGCAAAGCCUAAAGCUGCACCUAAGGCCCCAGCAGCCUCCAAACCUGCAGCAGCACCCAAAGCACCUAAAGCCCCAAAACCUGCAGCUGAGAAAGUUGUUAAGAAAAGAAAGAAGAACAAUUCAGAAUCUGAUGACUCAGAUAGUUUUGUGCCAACCAAGAAAACAGUCGGAAAAAAGGCUGUCAAGACGAGUGAUUCUGAUGAUUUAAGUUUCACUCCACCUCCAGCCAGAGCCACAACUGGUCGAGCCAAGGCGCCAGUCAAGUAUAAUUUUGAUGAUGAUGAUGACGAUGACUUUGAUUAAAUUUGAGAAUGUUUAAAGAUUUUAAUUAAUUUUUAGUGUUGUACAUUGCUCUUUAUUUUUAUAAUGAUGCUGCUUUGUAAUCUGUGCAUUAGAUUAUGGAUUGAGUUUGUAUAGUUUUAAACUUUGUAUGGAUAAAAUAAUGUGUAAUCUAUGGACUGGAUUAUUGACUUCUUUAUAUUUGAAACUUUGUGGAUUUGUUGUUAUCAUGUAGUGACUAGUUUAGUUGACCAUAUUUAUGAAAUUUUAACCAAUAUUAUUACUAUUAACGUAAAUAUAUCAAUGCCUAUUUAUGACAAUCUCUUGACAACGGAAUGCCAUGUAAGUAGUCGACUAGUUUAUUCAAAUGUCAAGUGCACUCCACUUUGUACAUAUUGACACUGUACAUAUUGUCUUUGUGCUAGCUGAUGUUCAUUUGAAAUGACCAAAAAGUCUCUCCAACUGUACAGUUCUAGGUUUCUUUUAGCAUCUCUGUAUGAAUGUUUUAAUCAUUCAUUUUUAAUCCCACUGUUCCUUUUAAAUGUGUAUGGUUCAAGUGUGAGUCUGUCAUGGUAUACUAGUUUCCAUCACAGUUUUUAAGUCAUGCAUUUUGUUUUAAUCAUUGGUGACAUUUUAAAAAUUUCUUUGUCUCAUGUUUUCCACAUUUUCCAAUUACCUAAUAAAAUAUUUGAUCAAAUUG